AAGUGAUCGCCACUGUCUCAAACGGCAACAGCUUUGAAGGACGCAAAGAUGAGUCUCAGGAUGAAGAGGAGCAGCCGCCCAGGACUGCGCUCGUCUUCGGGAUCGUUCAGCAGCCUCUCGAUGGGAUCCUACAACAUUCCCAAAAUGAGCAUUGGCAUGAACCAGCCCAUCACAGCCGUGACUAUCAAUAAGAGCUUGCUGACCCCCGUGAAUGUGGACAUCGACCCAACCAUCCAAGCAGUCCGAACCCAGGAGAAAGAGCAGAUCAAGAGUCUUAACAACAGAUUUGCCUCCUUCAUUGAUAAGGUGAGGUUUCUUGAGCAGCAGAACAAAAUGCUGGAAACUAAGUGGAAGCUGCUAGAGGGACAAACCACUGCCACCUCCAACAUCGAGCCCAUGCUGAGGUCCUACAUCAGCAACCUGCAGAGGCAGCUGGAGGGUUUGACCAAUGACAAACAAAAACUGGACAUGGAGAACAGCGUCAUGCACAGACAUGUCAAUGACUAUAAGAAAAAGUAUGAGGAAGAGAUCAUCAAGAGAAAUGAGGCGGAAAAUGAGUUUGUUAUGCUCAAAAAGGAUGUGGAUAAUGGCUAUUUGUCAAAAGUGGACCUUGAGAACAGGGUGUCUGAAUCCAGUGAUGAAGUCAACUUCCUCAGAGCGAUUUAUGAUGCCGAGAUGCAGGAGCUGCAAGACAGCCUGAAGGAAACGUCUGUGGUGGUGCAGAUGGACAACUCCCGCGACCUGAAGAUGGAUCAUAUCCUGUCUGAUGUCAAGGCCCAGUAUGAGGAGAUGGCUGCGCACAGCCGUGAGGAGGCUGAGAACUGGUACAAAAAGAAGUUUGAGCAGAUGAGUGCUGAUGCCGAUCAGUAUGGAAAUGACCUGCGUACCACCAAGGCGGAAAUUGCUGAUCUAAAACGCAUGAUUGCUCGCCUGCAGAACGAGAUUGAUGCUGUAAAGGGACAGCGCUCAGGCCUUGAAGGGCAGAUUGCUGAAGCUGAGCAGCGCGGAGAGGCCGCCGUCCAUGAUGCGAGGGAUCGAAUUCGAGACCUAGAACUGGCUUUGCAAAAGGCCAAGCAGGACAUGACGCGACAGCUCAGAGAAUACCAGGAGCUCAUGAACGUCAAGCUGGCGCUGGACAUUGAGAUCUCCACAUACAGGAAACUGCUGGAGGGAGAAGAGGAGAGACUUGGACAGGAAUCCAUUGUUAGCAUCCAAGCAGUUCCAACAAGGAGUAGACGAUCUGUUGUGAUGACUGACACACCGCAACCUAAAUCUCCAGUGAUUCUCAUCAAGCAAGAGGAGACUCAUCUAGCAUCAUACAACUAAAACUGAAAAGCAUUACACUGAAUAAAUCGUGAGUCUGUGAGGGGUUUUGUACCAUACUUGUACUGCAAUAGUGUACUGCACUGAUACAACUGGUGGAAAAACUCACAUCAUGUGUUCAUGAAAUAAAAUGAAUUUGAA